AUGCUUUCUCAAUGCACCAGAAUUUCGACCAAAUGCAUUCUCAGAUGCUUCGCCGACAUCUUUUGUAUUAUCAUGCUACAAUUCGUCAAGGGACAACUAAUAAUGCUGGAGAAAUGUCGGGGAACAUAUAUGGUUAAUUGUCAGGCGUUGGAAGAGAUAACGUACCCAUCGGGCAACUCAGGCUCAUGCCAGCCAGCUUGGCAUUCCAGCUUCCGCCCUUCCAAAUCUUCUCCCUUUUUACGAGCCUCUCGUUCUUCCUCCGGCUCUAAUUCUACAGAAUCCUCCUCAUCUUCUUCAAAUACCUCUUCACUCAGCUCUUCAGCUGUCAAAAAUCGACAACCUGCUAAAAAUCAUUCUCAUCUCUCCAGAAAACAUCACUACGACUACUAUAGCCGUCAGUGCAACCGGGCUGAACCUACUUCCAAACAAAGACCCGUCCCACUUAUAGCAUAUGAGGCUGCUAGGGUCCCCUCGGGACAUCGAAAUAUGAAACCAUCUUCGCCUAAUAUCAGUCAGUUUAUUGGACAACACCGGACCCACGAGGCUUCGUCUAGAGAUGACCAUAAGUUUCGAAACAGAAGCUCUGGGAUUGGUCGUACCUGUGGAACUUCGCAGUCACGUGAAUCCUCUGGACAUACUCGAAACGCUUGGCAGCCUAUUUCCGCUGCUGCCACUAGUGUCACUCAUACUGUUGCUGUCGUUCCUACUACUGCUGCUACACUUACUAGUACUUCCAACACUGGUAACUACUUCGAAGCUCCUCCAGCACUUCCAAUAGAUCAUGACUACUUGUUAGGACCAGCCACUACAGCUCCUGCAAAUACCGGAUUUUCUGCAUGGUCAGGCAAAUGGCAGGCUGUUUCACCAUCUAACCCUGAUGACGACGCUGUUCGUCCCCCCGGUACUCAUACUUCUUCCAAGGCAGCACAUACACAAGCAAAGGGUUACGAAAAGUCAGUACGAAAUAUGAAGAAAAACUAG